AUUGAAAUAUUUUUACUUACUAUCAUCGACGGGAGUUGGUCAUGAUAGUAUCAAUCUAGGAAUUACCUCACAUCGAAUAAAUGUUUUGUUGUUCGUUAUUAUUAUAGCCUGGCUGGUGAAGUUACAACAAGAAGAAACCACAUUGUGUCCUUUGAGACUUUUACCAGUAAAAUUUAUUGUAAAUAUAUGUACAGAAAUGGGAGAUACUGAGGAGUCAGGAAGCCUUUUUAACCAUAUCGUUGGGGAUAUGAAGACAACUGGCCCACUCUGGGAAGACUUUUUAGUUAAAGCUUCAAAGUUCUACGCUGCUGUAAAGCAAACAGCAGUUACGGCAGACACUUUCUUGGAUUCUUUUCAAAAAAUAGCUGAUGCAAACACAAAUUCUAAAGGUGCAACAAAAGAUAUUGGAGUUUCUUUUACGAAAAUUGUAAUGAGACAUCGUGCAAUUGAACACAAGUUAAAAACAUAUGUUGGUAUAUUAGCAGACAGCUUUGUAACACCGUUGCAAGAUUACAUUGACGAUUGGAAAAAGACUACAUCACAGAUGGAGAAAGACCAUGCAAAAGAUUACAAAAAGUUAAAAGGCGAUUUAAAAAAAGCAAGUGCUGAUGCUGCAAAACUAAAAAAGAAAGCGUCCAAGAAAAUUGGAAAACAAGAAUACACCGAUCAAUAUCGUGAUGCGCAGAAGGUAGCUAACCAUAUAUGUAAAACACUUGAAGAGCAAGAAAAAUCAUAUUUACGCAAAGUUAUGAUAGAGGAACGAUCACGUACUGCUCAAUUUUUCAAGUGCUACAAACCGUGUGUGGAGCAAGAGAUAACAUUAAUAGCAGAAAUAGAACAAUUACAAUCAAUAGUCGAAGAAACUGCAAAGCAAUGUGCUCACCCAAGUCAACUUCCAGCCAUGUCAGAAGAUGCCAUUGAGGCUUACAAAGUACCUGAAAGUUUAAACCCAGAUAGUCGAGAUUCAUCAACAAGUUCUAGUCCGCCUGGCAGCCCACCGAUAGUAAAAGAUCGAUCUCUUACAAUGGGUCAAGGAAAUGCACAAAGAGCACCAUUGAAUCGUAGCCAAACUCUUCCGAGCUCGUAUAAAAACGGUAUUGAUCCUAUCCCAGUUAGUGUACCAAUGCCAACCUUUUGUCAAUCACCUGCUAGCAUCUCGUCACAUUCAUCUUUUUCGUCAUCGUCGUCCCUUGAACACAGUAAUGCUGCACCGCUAUAUGAUGCAAAUACAGUGCAAGAAAUCGACACUCUCCCACCUCCACCACCUGAUGAUUUGCAUGGUAAUGAAAGCGAUGAUCUGCAACAUUCACAGAAUAGCUCUGACAUGAUAAACAUCCACAAAGCACUUAAAACACGCACAAGCUGGUCCAGUAUCGAGACAACAUCAGACUCGUCUGGUAUUGGUUCUUACAACUCUUUGACUUCGCAAAACAAACUAGCAUCAACCACUACCAUGCAGAACUAUUAUCAAAGCGGCAGCGACAGCGAUAUCAUCGAGCAGGACUAUCUUAGCGGUUGUGAUAUCUCCAACAACGUAUAUCCAUCGUAUCAUUCCACGAAAAACGAUGUCGGAGGAUUCCAUCAGAAUUACGCCACUGAUGACAUGAAAUAUGCAACGAUUGACAGGAGUCACUUCCGAAGAAAUAAGAUACACACGUCAAGUUUACGCGACCCGUUAAAGCAAAGGUCGAACAGCUUGGGAGAAGAUGGAGAAUCGUUUCCAGUCUUUCCUAGUUAUAAAAUGAACUUACCCAAAUCGAAACCAAAUAAUGUUGCAAAUAGACAAGCUGCGCCAACGAAACCUAGCGUAUUUCAAGUUUUUGAUGGCCAAAAUCCACAAGAUUUAUUAAAGCAACUUAGCCCAACAUCUUCGCCGUACAAGAAAGCGCCACCGCCAGCUCCACAGCGACGCAAUUCUUCUCCAGUUGGACCGCAGACUCUACCCAAACCAAACCGCUUCCCGAAAAGACACAGUAACACUGUGAUGUCGGUUGCUGAAAUAGAUGAGCCGGAAGCUGCUCGUCCUGGUAGCUUCGAAGCAGCUCUGCAACAACGCAGACUGAUGAUGAAGAAGCGGAGCGUUUCGGUGGAUCAUUCCUCAUCAGGUUAUCGCUACUAAAGAGAUAAGAUAACAACCUUCAUGUACCUGUUGGUGUUGCUUUAAAUGUUAUUGUGUGAAAUGACACGCAAAUGGUUAGGAUAUACUGGCUGAUCCCCUUAGGCCUGUUGUUAACGGUUAGAAUAUAGUUGCCGACAUUAUCUUGUCAGUUUACGACAUAUUUGAUAUCGUCUUGGGUGUGUAUGGGAAUGGUACCGAUACUUUCGUCUUGCACAAUAUCAAUUGGGGUUGAAGUAGGUCAAAAUAAGCGACUUUGAAGCGCCAUGCACGAAAAAAUUGCACUAAUAAUACACGAUGAGAUGUAAACAAAAUUUUCCUUCGUGUGUUCAUAGCAUUAGAAGAAGAGAAGAGAAAUAACACUUUUUUUAAGAUACUACCAAAACGUUUUUUAAAAUAUAUAGAUGUAUAAAUUUACUGAUAAUGUACUACUUCGUUUGGUGAAGCCAACCAUCAAGCAUAACCAAAAUCAGGAUAGUUUUCGUGCUAUUUUUACAUGCCACUUUGUUGUUGUCGUUUGUGUUGUUGUUUUGAAAAGAAACCGAAGAAACGGUAUUUUACAAGUUUUGCGUUUGACUCGCUCACUUUUUUAAGGCUCAAUUUAAAGUUACAUUAGUAGCUUAUAUUUCUUUUUUUUUUUAUUUAUUAAUAUUGUAGCUCUAUGUAUAUAAUAAAGAUUAAUAUUUUUUCUAUGUUUGCGCAUGCGUGUAGGUAAUAAGGUAAAUAUUCGGGCCCAGUAAACAUUGUCAUGUGGCUUAUUUCUUGACCUUUUUGUGUAUUCUAAGUACCCUCCUGGCGCAGGUGUAUUGGGUUUAACAUUGUGAUACUUAAAAAGAGUUUCCUGCUGGUCGGGUGACUUUGAAAGGGAAACCUUGAAAAAGUCUCAUUUAAAAAAAAUGUAUAAUAAUUUUUGUUGGUUGUUCGGUCGUGGUAAAAUCUCUGUUGUUUUAAUUUUGUUUUCUAUCUCCUUCUGUUUUGACCACGUGUUUUUUUCGCAUUUAUACGCUAAAUGAAGAGGUAUUAAAAGUUUGUUAUUGUUAAAAAGAAAAAUACGCUACGAAAAGAUGUAGGCUGUAAGGUAGAUAUAAUUAAAACCUUUUUAUCGACAUGAUUUUCAAAUAUUUCGAUUUUUACAUACCAACACAGUCAUAAAUUCAAGGCUGUUCUCUAUCGCUCUGAUUUUUUUUUACCUUUAAACAAAUUUUCUUGUUUGAUACGUGAAAUUAAAUUCCUGUAGGGUGGAGAAGAGUCAUAUUUUUUUGACUUAAAUGUGAGAUAGUCAAUACUUAGUUUACUUUAUACAAUAUAACGUCAAUAUAAAAUAUCGAUAUUUAGUUUCUUCUGUUUUUAAUAUAUACGAAAUAUUAGGUUUAAUAUUACCUGGCUUCAGUUUCCCUCCCCGUUGUGACGACGUUUCGUCGCCGUAAGCUUUUAAGUAACUCCGAUUGUAUUUUUCGAAUCGAUCUUUUGUGUAGGGUGUGAUGGUUGAUAGUCUCAAAAAUGCUCAAUGUGAUUGGCUGAACGUUAAAUCAGUUUAAAUAUUAUUUUAGCCACAUAAUUCUUUAAUGUUUUGUUAUUAUGAUUAAUGUAUGUAGCAUUUUUUAUGAAAAGAUAAAACUAUUUAAUGUUGA